AUGUCUAACAAUGAAUGUGCAUUUGGGGUGAUGUAUGGGAAAUUCAAGCCUCACCUUAUCAUGGUUCUUGUUCAGAUAUCUGCUGCUUUUCUCUAUUUCCUAGUAGAGGCUUCAUUAAACAAAGGGAUGAAUCCUCAUGUCUUUGUUACUUAUCGGCAUGCUGUUGGGGGCAUAGUUGUGCUUCCUUUUGCUUAUGUUCUUGAAAGAAAAGUAUGGCCAAAAUUGACGAUGACAAUGCUCAUGGAGCUAUUUUUUCUUUCCCUCUUCGGGGUCAGUCUUGCCGUGAACAUGUUUUUUGCAAGUUUGAAAUAUACCACUCCUUCCUUUGCCGCAUCGAUGAUUAACACAACAUCAUCUCUUACAUUUAUAAUCGCAGUUGGACUCAGGCUAGAGGCUGUUGAUGUGAAGAAGCCUCGUGGGCUGGCCAAAAUUUUAGGAACUGUAUUAUCUCUGGUUGGUGCCUUGAUAAUGACUUUGUACAAAGGGCAUACGAUACAAAGCUUACAGGGUGCCCCGUUGCAUAUCAAAGGCAAAUUGGUUCAUAAUAACUGGAUUAAAGGAUCAAUUUUGUCUAUUGCAAGUUGCAUGUCAUGGUCUUUAUGGUACAUACUGCAGGCAAUUGUAGUGAAGAAAUAUCCAGCACAACUGUCGCUAACAGUAUGGAUAAAUUGCAUGGGUGCAGCACAGUCUGCUCUCUUUACUGUACUUGUGCAAGAAAAACCUGCAGCAUGGUUCAUUACAUCCACUGUUGAAAUCUUUUGCAUUUUAUAUGCAGGAGUUAUAUGUGGGGGUUUUGCUAUCAUCAGUCAAUUCUGGACCACGGAACGAAAAGGGCCAGUCUUUGUGAGUAUGUUUAAUCCCCUUGGAACAAUUUUGGUGGCAAUCCUAGCAUAUUUGGUUUUUGGGGAACAACUACACACCGGCAGUUUAUUGGGAGUAGUCAUUGUUAUCAUUGGUCUAUACUUGCUAUUAUGGGGAAAAGAAAGUGAUCAAGAUUAUAAGUCACAACAAUAUAUUCCAACACGUGUUGAGCAGAAAGAAUGUGUGACAAAUACAAAGACUUCAGCUGAGCAAGAGUUGCCACCAAGGAACGUAAUACAGGACACCGAUUAA